AUGUUGCGAAGACAACCGACCGAAAUCGUGUUAAAACUGGAGGAAGUUGAUGAGAUGAUAAUGGAAAUCAAGAAGCAGGCUGCUAGUGAAGGUGAGGAAGUAGAAAAAGCCUUAUCACAAACUGCUGUGCGAUCGCGUAUUGGUGCGCCGUCACCUCGAAUCCGAAUGGCGCAAGCGACCGAUGCUGCUACUUCGGGCAGCGACUCCACUUUGCCUUAA